AUGAAGACAGAAAUAUUUUCUAUUGUAAACGAACAACAAAAAACUACAAAUGAACUAAUCAAAGAAAAGGAAGCUCAUGCAGAAACUAUUCAAAUGUUAAAUACACAAACACUCAAUAGAGUGUUAUCAUGUCGUUGUGAUAUUAUUAUUAAAAAUGGGCAAGUAGAAGCAAUUAGUAUUGUCAAAGAUGAUGAAAUGAAAAAUAAAAUAAAAGAAAUGGAAGAAAAGAAUUUAAUUCUUCAACAAAAAUUAAAGAAAACUAAAGAAAUACAAAGUUAUUUUAAUAAAUCACUAAAUGAAACAGAAACAUCUUAUGAUGAUAUGAAAACACUAGUCCAUUCUCUUGAAGAUCUUUUAAGAUAUGAGAGUAGACUUGAAAAAAUAUGUUAUACUGAUUUAUAUGAAAGCGAUAAUCUUGCAAAACAACUUGGAAAUUCUAUUCAACAACGUUAUGGAAUAGAUUUUGAUUCUGUUUUUAAAAUUGUAAAAGAGUUUAGAAAAAAUAAAAAGAAAGUAGGAAGAGCAACAAUUGUAAUGGACAAUAGUAUUGAUUCAGAACAACAAGAAAGAAAUCAAGUUAAAAAUACUAUGAAAAGAAUCAAUUCAUUCUCAAAAAGAUUAAGAAAAUCAGAAGUACGUUUAGAUAGAAAAAUAAGUUCUCUUCAUAAGGUCUCAUCAAAUAAUUUAAUUAUAAAUGAAUAA